AUGGUCAAAGACAGAGCUACAGUGAUCGACGAGUUCAAUGAUCUCGUCAACAUGACCCCGAACGAGCUUCGCGAUUGGCUCAAGAAAGAGCAAUCAAUUUCCGCGGGUUGGACGAAUGACUCUGGGGACGAGACCAUUGGCCAUGAAAGUGGCCGAAAAAUCGUGAAGAUCCUCGAGAAUAAUCCGGAUGGUGACCCCUCUGGAUAUUCGGCUCCAGAAAUCGACCACAUGCGAAAAGUCGUUUCUUAUUGCAAACGCCAUCUUGCGCAGGAAUCAGUUGCGAAGCAGGAUACAAACAGUAAGAGCUAUAGAUCUCUCAAAAAUUGGGGUCAUGAUGCUCUGAAGGAAUAG